UCCAAUGCUGGAACAUCUUCUGCAAACCACUCCAUUGGGAUCACGCGCAGCUGUAGAAACGUGGCCCCCUGCUGCGUAAAAAAACGCGCGGCAGGACCCUCCUGAAGAAGAGUCUCGAGACCCGGCGGAGCUUUUCCCCGGCAACUCCCCAAUUCGCCGCGGCAGCGUUCGGGUCGCCGCUAUUACGGUGUCUGCAUUCUCGUUUUGUGUCGCAACAGAAGAGGGGCCUCGCCGAAAACAUCGGGCAGUCCACCAAAGCGAGCCUGAUUGAGUCACCCGCGUGUCAAAACCGGUCCACAGUUUUGCUCGCGUUGAACCACCGCUGCCCCAGGAGGCGGUCUCUGCUUGGUUAUUCGCGGAUGAUUCCUCGCGGCUCGUGCGGGGACUCCGGUCGCUUGCCGUCCCCGUGUCCGCCGCGGGUAUCCCGCAUCGCAGCUUCUGCCCGACCGCUCUCUUCGCGGUUUGAUGAAACAGCGAACCACCCAUCAGCCGUUACGGAUGCCACGGGGCGGAGACGGGUGUCUUGUACCUCUGCCAAUGUGUCUGCCUCUGUGUACGUCUCUCUCGCUCUGCAGGGCCGUCCAUAGAGAGUUCUGCGCUGUCUGUGUGGGCGCUGCGCGUGGGCCCCGGGGAGGACGCCAUGGCCGCCCUGCGUCUCCUUGUGGCGCGCCGCGGCCUCCGCGCGCCCUUCCUCCUUGCGGCCGUGGGCAGCGUCACGGGGGCCACGCUGCGCCUCCCGGGCCCCGCAGCGCGGAGCCCCGAGGAGGUGGCGGAGCUCGCGGACCCCGCCUCGUGGUCCCUGCUGCCCCUGGAGGGGCCCCUGGAGAUCGUGUCGCUCGUGGGGACCCUCAACCCCGAGGCGCACGUCCACGCGGCGCUGUCGGACGCGCGGGGCCGCGUGUGGGGCGGCCACGUCCUGGGGGAGCUGCGCGUCCACACCACAGCCGAGAUCGUGGUGGGGGAGGCCGCGGGCCUCGCGUUUUCGCGCGCCCACGACCCCACCACGGGGUUCCCCGAGCUGUGCGUGGGGUCACGGGGCGAGCGCGAGACCGACACUCCUUGAGACGGAGGGCUCGGAGUGAUUUGCGUUGCUCGUUGUUGUUCUUGGUCAGCCACGAGAGCCUUGCUGAACCACGUCGUGAGCCCUGUGUCAUAUGAACGGUGGCGAGAUGUUAACUGCCUCGCGUGGUAUGCAGGAGGUCGUGGGUUCCUGACGCCUGUAUAUUUGGAGUUUGCAUGUUCUCCCCGUAGUCAUGUGGAUUUUUCUCCGGGUUCUCCG